AUGAAUGCGGAUAAGGAUUGUAAAUGCCAUCGUUUAGCGAUUAGUAUCAAUAAAGUGCUCGAAAGCGAUCAUUUGGAAGUGCAAUUUCGGAAAGCAAUUCUUUCAAUUUCUGAGCAAGAAUUUGCAAAAGUGGCCAAAUUCAGGUAUAAAGAUGAUGCGUUAGCGUCAUUACUUGGACGUCUCUUCUUAAGACAGGCAGCAAGGCGUUUAACAGGCGUUCAGUGGAAUGAAAUUGAAUUUGGCCGUACUGAAAAAGGUAAACCGUAUCUUUGCAAACCGGACGGGUUCAAUUUCGGUAUGAAUGUCUCACAUCAGGGUGAUUACGUCGCAUUUGCGAGUAGUUGUACAGAUAAAGUUGGUGUAGAUUGUAUGCGUUUGGACAAAGAUCGUAAUAAUAAAACAGCUGACGAGUAUAUCAAUUCAAUGGCAAAAUCGGCGAGUGCUGAAGAGUUGAGAGUGAUGCGUUCACAGGCAACCGAACAGAUGAAAAUGACCUAUUUCUAUCGAUAUUGGUGUCUGAAGGAAGCACUUUUGAAGGCAACAGGCGAAGGAUUACUAUCGGAUUUGAGACGUUUAGAUUUUCGUGUUGAUGCGAAUGAGCGUUAUCGUCCACGUUGUUACGUGACAUCCACAUCAGUUUUGCUGGAUGGUAAACCACAAAAUCAAUGGGUUUUUGAAGAGACGUUUAUUGAUGAUCGACAUGCAGCCGCGGUUUGUCGUGAGAAAAAACUUCCACAAACGUGCGAAUUCUAUUCGGAUGCUGAAAAACGGUUGUUUUUCUCAAAAGUUGAUAUGGAUUUUCUGCUCGAUGGUGCCACUCCACUAAACCUAGCGAUUCAGGAUGAUGGCGCUAAACAAUGGCAAGAAUUCGUUGCGAAACCGAGGAAAAAUUUUUAA